AUGAACACCCUUGCUACGCUGACCAACACUUCUCCAUCAUCACCACUGCCUGGAUGCAAACACGAAGAGGAAGAAGAGUGUUCUGAGGUACAUAUGUGUGUAUUGUGGUACGGAGGGCAACUGGGGAUCACCUAUUAUGACACAGAAGACUGCUCAGUUUACUUCGUGCCUGACAUGCCUGAUAAUGAGCACCUCAAGCUGCUGCAAAAAGUGAUCGAUGAAGUCUUUCCUCGAUGCAUUGUGACGAGUGCCAAGCAGGACCAUCACUUUGCCAAAUUCCUGACCAACAUCAGUUCUACUGGAGACGAGCAUGUGAAGAAACCAGAAAUUGUCCUCUUUCCCAAUGCAGACUUUGGCCUAGAAGUGAGCAAGCAGCGGAUCCUAUCUAGACAGUUCCCAUUUAUUCCCUCCCAUAUGACUGCAACAGAGAAAAUUCUUUAUUUAUCCUCCAUUAUUCCCUUUGAGAGCCCACUCAUGGUACGAGCACUAGGUGGGCUGCUGAAGUUUCUUGACAGGAGGCGGGUUGGAGUUGAAUUAGAAGAUAGCACUGUUGGAGUCCCUAUCUUGGCCUUUAAAAAGUUUGUGCUAACAGAUAUUGUGAAUAUGGACCAAGAUACCUACUAUGUCCUUCAGAUAUUUAAAAGUGAGGUGCAUCCUUCUGUGUACAAACUAGCCAGUGGGCUGAAAGAAGGGUUCAGUUUAUAUGGCAUUUUAAACCGCUGCAGAUGCAAGUGGGGAGAGAAACUGCUGCGGCUGUGGCUCAUGCGGCCCACCCGGAACCUGACAGAGCUGAACAAACGGCUAGAUGUUAUCCAGUUCUUCUUGCUGGCUCAGAAUCACGAGACAGUCUUGACCCUUCAAGACUGCCUCAAGAAUAUAAAAAAUGUACCUCUAAUUCUGAGAAGAAUGACUCUUUCCAACACAAAGGUUAGUGACUGGCAGGCACUCUAUAAGACAGCGUAUAGUGCAGUGUGCCUGAGAGACACAUGUCGUUCCUUGCCCAGCACCAUUGAGCUCUUCCAGACAAUCUCACAUGUGUUCACAGAUGACCUGCACUACAUUGCCAGCCUUAUCAGCAAAGUGAUAGAUUUUGAAGGGAGCAUCUCAGAAAAUCGCUUCACUGUCAGACCUAAUGUGGACCCCACCAUCGAUGAAAAGAAACGGAAGCUGAUGGGUCUCUCAGACUUCCUUACAGAGGUAGCCAGAAAGGAACUGGAGACCCUAGACAAUCGUAUACCUUCUUGUUGUGUGAUCUACAUCCCCUUGAUUGGGUUCCUACUCUCCAUUCCACGGCUUCCCACAAUGGUGGACAAGAGUGACUUUGAGAUUGAAGGCCUGGACUUCAUGUUCCUGUCAGAGGAUAAACUGCACUAUAGAAGUGCUAGGACUAAGGAACUAGACAGCAUGCUAGGAGAUCUGCACUGUGAGAUCAGGGAUCAGGAAACACUUAUUAUGCACCAGCUACAGACAAAGAUCUUGGAGAAGUCUGCAGUGCUCAGCAAUGUUAUUGAAUUCACAGCACAACUAGAUGUGCUGUUAGCUCUGGCAGUGAUGGCUCGAGAAAAUGGCUACUGCCGGCCACGUUUUACCCAAAGCCAUGGCAUCCGCAUCAAGGAUGGCAGGCACCCACUCAUGGAGCUAUGUGCCAAGACUUUUGUUCCCAAUCCUGUGGAGAGUGGAGAAGUUACUGGACAGGUAAAAAUCCUCACGGGGCCCAAUUCAUCUGGGAAGAGUGUAUACUUAAAGCAGGUAGGUCUUAUAACAUUCAUGGCCUUAAUUGGUAGCUAUGUCCCUGCUUCUGAGGCUGAAAUUGGAGCAGUUGAUGGGAUUUACACUAGAAUCCACAGCAGGGAGUCAGUGUCAUUGGGUCUCUCUACUUUCAUGAUUGAUCUCAACCAGGUUGCCAAAGCAGUGAACAAUGCCACAGCAUGGUCCUUGGUACUUAUUGAUGAGUUUGGCAAAGGGACCAACACAGUGGAUGGCCUUUCUCUUUUGGCUGCUGUGCUGAGGUACUGGAUCAACCAGGGAACCCAAUGCCCACAAGUCUUUGUCUCCACUAAUUUUCACAGCUUAAUGCAGCUGAAACUCCUACCUGACACUCCUCUUGUGCAGUACCUGACCAUGGAGACCCAUCAAGAUGGAGAUGAGCUGGUAUUCUUCUAUCAGCUCAAGGAAGGAGUGUCCACUGUAAGCCAUGCUGCUAAUAUUGCUGCACUGGCUGGGAUGCCACACGAAGUGACUGCACGAGGAGUGGAAGUAUCAGAGCUUAUUCGAAUUGGAAAACCCAUCAGACGUAUUGAACAUCCUUCCCAGAACAACCAGCUGGAGAGAUGCAAAUCUCUAGUGGAAAAAUUCCUUUGCCUAGACCUAGAUGACCCUCAUGUGGAUUUAGAGGAGUUCAUGCAUCAGGAGGUGCUGCCCUCUGCAGCUUCAGUUCUGUAA